GCUCUGCUCGUGUUUUCAACAUGGCGAAACUGGAUCGCUUGUCGCUUCAGCUGAGAGAAGACAAACAAAUGACCGCUUUCGCGUUGUUUUUUAAGUUGGCUCGUGUGUGAAAGAAAGCGCGUGACAGCCCGAUGGCCUUCGCACGCGCCCGUGUUUGUGAAGAACCCUCUGUUUUGAAGGAGAAGAUCGAAGAUGAUGCUGAGGAUGAAUCUGCGUCGAGUUUCAGCAGCUCCGAGUCCACAGAUGACUUGGAACCAGAAUGGCUGGAUGAUAUCCAGACGAACGGCGAGCUUUUCUACCUGGAGCUGAGUGAAGGUGAAGAGGAGGCAGCCCUGGCCCGGGCCUCCUCAAAUCAGUGCGUUUCCACGAAUCAUCAUGUCCGCUUCAGCGAAAAGGAAGCAGAGGUCAUCACAGAGGAGAAGGGCACGRAGCGACGCAGCUCGCGGAUGAAAGGCGAUCCCGCUCUCAAAAGGCUCGCCAGGAUCCUGAGGAGGAAACGCCAUCCUUCUCAGCACACCAAGAGCAAUGAUGGGAGUGAGGUGGCACCAUCAUCGUCGUCGCCACCGGCUUCCAUCCUGAAGAGCCAGCCGGGUCACAGGUCAGGUGUCCAGCAUCAGCUGAAGGAUGUGUGCGUCUACCUCAACCCCAAACGGUUAGCGGCUUCCUCAGCCCCUCUGAGAGACGGCGGGGGKCUGCUGGAAGCCCUGCUGGGAGUGGUGCACCGCACUGCUCAGGGCACGGGCCAGGAGGCGCCUGCAGGGGCCAGACCGGAGGAAAGCCUGACUGUGGAUGGAUUAAUACCCAACAGUCCGGCCAUAAAAUGUGGUCAGAUCUUAAUAGGUGAUGUGCUUGUGGCGGUGGAUGACGUUGAUGUGACCUCGGAGAACAUUGAAAGGGUUCUUUCCUGCAUCCCGGGACCAACACAGGUGAAGCUGACGUUGGAGACGGUGGCUCCGGUGGACAGGGACUUAUCAUCGGUCCAGACGACAAAGGCCCCUCCGCCGGUCAGCCAGCUCGUGCGUCUGCUUUGGGGGGAGGACACCGCUGAGCUCCAAAUGUCCAUCGGACACAUCCCUCAUAUUGUCAUGUACCUGUCGCUCAAACUGGACUCAGCAUCGCUGCAGGAGGAGGAGGAAAUCCUGUACCAGUACCCCGUCUCUGAGGCGUCCAGCCGGCUGAAAGGAGUGAGGGGCAUCUUCCUCACUCUUUGUGACAUGCUGGAGAACGUCACCGGGGGGCAGAUCGUCAGCUCGUCUCUCUGGCUCGGGAAACAUCUGGUUCACGUCGGCUACUGGAAGGAGCGCAACAACCUGCUAGUCAUCGGUCUUCCUGCUGAGAGGGUUCCUCUGCUGUCUCUGCAGACGGUGAUGGGCRACGUGGUGCGGACAUUAAAAGUGAUGUACGGCUCCUUGGACAGGGCGUUCUGCAAGGAGGACCACGCUCCCAGGUUGGACCACUUCUUCUGCUUGUUCUUCCAGCAGCUCAUCCAGCCUUUGCGUUUGAAGGAAGGCUCCUCGGCGCCGUCACCCGACGUCUCUGGAACCCUUUUUUUAGACGGUUUACCGGCGGUACGAUGGCUCACUCUGCCGCCAGAAAUAAAGAUGGAGGUGGAUACAGUUCUAUCUGAUUUUGAGUCCUCUGAUUUUGGAGAAAUGUCAGAGGACUUCUUUGGCCUGAGGCGUCUCUACGUCAUACUCGGCUCCUGUUUGUUCUACAAGCUCUACCUGAUUGCCAACCACCUUCCAAAAGAAGACCUGCUGGAUGUGUGUCUGUACUGCCAGCACUACUGCCUGCUGCCGCUGGCGUCGGAGCAGCGAGUGGGUCAGCUGGUCAUCUGGAGGGAGGUGUUUCCCCAGCAGAGGGCCACCGGAGGGGUCAUCCCCGCGCCGGGCUUCAGCCAGCCGCAGGGGCGUCACUUCCUGCUCAUAGUGGGGCUGAGACACUUCAUGCAGUGUGUCUUAUUAGAAGCAGGUGGUUGUGCUUCACCAGUCCUGGGCUCUCCAGGACCUGAUUCUGUUUACGUUGAUCAGGUAAAAGCCACCUUGCUGCAGUUGGAGAUGCUGGAGGUGGGCAUUGAGGAGCGUUUGAGUGCCCCACCUACUCCCUGCCUGUCGUGUGCCGACUGGUUCCUCCCCGCUGCUACGACCCGAGACCGGCUGGAAGGCCUGGCCUCCUCGUCCCCCAUCCUCAACAAACUCGCAGGAGCUUUUAGAGGCCCCUCCACGGGGUCCAGAGGAGGCAGCCUGUUCGGUGAGAAGUCCCGUCGGUCCAGCCCACAGAGGGGCUUGUCGGACAGUGGGAGCGAGGGGCAGACGGAUGCUGGGAUGGGAUUCAGUUCUUCUGGAACCUCAGGUCCCAGUCCUCAUUCCACGCCAGACUCAAUGAGGAAGCUCAGAGGGAGACGGGACUCUCUGGGGUCUGGAGGGUCUGAUGGGAGUGGAGGCUUAUUUAAGACACCCAGGAUGAAACACCCAAACCCUUUUUAUCUGGGAACCCUGAAGAAGACCCUGACUGAGAGGGAAACAGAGGAAAUGUACAACAACUUAAAACUGACGUCGGGUGCAGAGAACACCUUGUUUCACUUUGUCCUGAUGGAGGCGGUGCAGGGCAUCUUCAUCGCUCCCACUCACAGAGAGGUGGCUCAGCUCAGCGGCUCCAUCCACCCGCAGCUCAUACGCAACUUCCACCACUGCUGCCUCUCCAUACGAACUGCCUUCCAGCAGAGUCUGCCGGCCAGGGGCCGCCGCGCAGCAGACAGGCCUCAGAAUGCAGGUUGGGGUCUGGGUCCGGUCAAAGAACACGGGGUUCUGUUUCAGUGCAAACCAGAGAACUGGACCGACCAGAAGAAACCGGCCCCCACCAUGACGUACUGGGUGAUAGGGAGGAUGUUGCUGGAGCCCGUUCCUCAGGAGUUCUACGUGUGUUUUCACGACUCCGUUCCAGAGAUUCCUGUUGAGAUGGCCUUCAGGCUCUCCUUCGGUUUGGCUUUGUGACGCAUCGUCAAAAUGGACACGAAAGGCGAAGAGUUCCAGUCGUGCUGUCAGGAAAAUAAAUCUGAGGCUCUUUAGACGCCAUCUGAGCGUAGAGCUUUACAGCUGCCUGGGAGGUGAUGUAACAGGAAGGUACCUCCGAUUUCUGGAUGGAUUUUCUGCAGAUUACAGCGAAGCGUCACGAAGGCUUUGAGCCAAGUCAACAGUCUGACCUCAGCUUCAACCCAGAUCCUUCUCGUGCCUCGACCAGUAUCUCCUCUCCUGUACGACCAGCUGGUUAAAGCUCUUUGCUGUGAAGUUUCCAAAGCUAAACCACAAACUUCAGACCUGACAGCAAAUACUGCGUCACAUUAAUAUUUUCAUUUAUAUACAGCGAAGCAAAAACAUUCUUUGUUCCUUAAUUUAAAUAUUGUACAGUUUUGUAUGGGAAUGGACUCAAUAAAAUCAACAGCUUUUUAA